CCAGCUGGUGGCGAAGGAUACGCGCGUAAGAUUCUCCAUCCCAGCUGCCCUCCACCCAUUCUCUUUCUCUCAUCCCAUCCCGCUCUCCGCUGCGCUCCGUCCCGGCUGACUGCACGCUGGGGAUGGGUUCAGGUAGGGCCAGAAGGACCCGGGAAAAAAAGCGCCAGGAGGAAAGCACCGUCUCCUUGAACCGUUCAUCUCCUCUCACACAGUUUCCCAGCUUCAGCUCUUCGGUGGCUGCUCACAGGAACACAUAGACCCUACAGAAGCUGCUUGCUUGGGAGAGAUUUUUUUUUUUGUCUUUGUGCUUUAAUAGGAUUCCGUUCAGUCUUUAUUGACUGGAAGACACUUCACUUUAUGAAAGGAUAUCUCACUUGAGCUUUGCAUCAUGGCACACGCAGCAUCCCAGCUGAAGAAAAAAGCGGAUUUGGAACUUACAGCUGCCGAGGAAGAGAAAAAGAAGAAGCCCAGAAAAAGGUCCAAAGAUCCAAAGAAAAAGACUGACAGUAAUGCCAGUUACCUCAGAGCGGCCCGAGCUGGGAACCUUGAGAAGGCCCUCGAUUAUAUAAAGACUGGUGUGGACAUCAACAUUUGCAACCAGAAUGGGUUGAACGCUCUUCAUCUGGCAUCUAAAGAAGGCCACGUGGAGGUUGUGUCUGAGCUCAUUAAACUUGGUGCCGCUGUGGAUGCCGCAACAAAGAAAGGCAACACAGCUCUGCAUAUAGCAUCCCUAGCUGGACAGGCGGAUGUUGUCAAGGAACUUGUGAACAAUGGAGCAAAUAUCAACGCCCAGUCUCAGAAUGGCUUCACACCACUCUACAUGGCUGCCCAGGAAAACCACCUGGACGUUGUCAAAUUCCUGCUGGAUAACGGAUCCAGUCAGAGCAUUGCCACAGAGGAUGGUUUUACUCCACUGGCCGUAGCUCUCCAGCAGGGUCAUGAUCAGGUGGUGUCUCUGCUCCUGGAGAAUGACACCAAGGGAAAGGUGCGGCUACCUGCCCUGCAUAUUGCCGCUCGUAAAGAUGACACCAAAGCAGCGGCGCUGCUCCUGCAGAACGACCACAAUGCAGAUGUCGAAUCCAAGAGUGGCUUCACCCCUCUCCACAUUGCGGCUCAUUACGGUAAUAUCAAUGUAGCGACGCUGCUUCUGAACCGAGGGGCUGCCGUAGACUUCAAGGCAAGGAAUGACAUCACACCUCUCCAUGUGGCAUCGAAAAGAGGAAAUGCCAACAUGGUCAGGCUGCUGCUGGAGAGAGGAGCCCGAAUCGACGCCAAAACCAAGGACGGCCUGACACCUUUACAUUGUGGAGCGAGGAGCGGUCAUGAGCAAGUAGUUGAGAUGUUACUUGAUCGUGGAGCACCCAUCCUCUCUAAGACAAAGAACGGCCUUUCACCGUUGCACAUGGCCACGCAAGGAGAUCAUCUGAACUGCGUUCAGCUCUUGCUUCAUCAUGACGUGCCCGUGGACGAUGUCACCAAUGAUUAUCUGACAGCCCUGCAUGUCGCUGCACACUGCGGACACUACAAAGUUGCCAAGGUCCUCGUGGACAAGAAGGCCAAUCCCAAUGCCAAAGCACUGAAUGGUUUCACACCGCUUCACAUCGCUUGCAAGAAGAACAGGAUUAAAGUGAUGGAGCUGCUGCUGAAACACGGAGCGUCCAUUCAGGCUGUGACUGAGUCUGGACUCACGCCGAUUCAUGUGGCCGCUUUUAUGGGCCAUGAAAACAUUGUGACUCAGUUGACAAAUCACGGAGCGUCUCCUAACACAAUGAAUGUGAGGGGAGAGACGGCGCUUCAUAUGGCUGCCAGGGCUGGACAGGCAAACGUGGUGAAAUUUCUGGUGGCGAAUGGAGCAGAUGUGGAUGCAAAAGCCAAGGACGAUCAGACCCCGCUGCAUAUAUCCAGUCGCCUGGGAAAGCCAGAUAUAGUUCAGCAACUGCUGCAACAUGGGGCUUCACCUGACGCCACCACCACAUCUGGAUACACGCCGCUCCACCUGGCCGCCCGCGAUGGCCACAAAGACGUGGCAUCCAUCCUGCUGGACAAUGGAGCAUCUCUUGGCAUCACUACCAAGAAAGGAUUCACUCCCCUGCAUGUUGCAGCCAAAUACGGGAAGAUUGAAGUUGCUAAAUUACUGCUACAGAAGCGAGCACCACCUGAUGCAGCUGGAAAGAGUGGACUAACACCACUGCAUGUUGCUGCACACUACGAUAACCAGAAAGUGGCCCUCCUUCUGUUGGAUCAAGGAGCAUCUCCACACGCUGCAGCGAAGAAUGGCUAUACUCCACUUCACAUAGCUGCCAAGAAGAACCAGAUGGAGAUAGCGACCACACUGCUCGAGUAUGGAGCUGAUACCAAUGCCACGACACGCCAGGGCAUCAGUCCUCUCCACCUGGCGGCUCAGGAGGGCAAUGUUGAUAUGGUCACGCUCCUGCUCGCCCGUGAAACUGCCAUCAAUCUAGGAAACAAGAGUGGACUGACCCCUCUUCAUCUGGCGGCUCAAGAGGAUAAAGUCAGUGUUUCAGAAGUGCUGGUUAAUCAUGGUUCCACAAUCGACCCAGAGACUAAGAUGGGAUAUACACCCCUGCAUGUGGCCUCUCACUACGGCAAUAUAAAGAUGGUGCACUUCCUCCUGAAGAACCAGGCUAAAGUCAAUGCUAAAACUAAGAAUGGAUACACACCUCUUCAUCAGGCUGCUCAGCAGGGUCACACACACAUCAUUAACCUUCUCCUGCAGCACGGAGCUUCUCCUAAUGAGCUGACAGUGAAUGGAAACACUGCCUUAGCUAUCGCCAGGCGUCUGGGUUACAUCUCUGUGGUUGACACACUCAAAGUCGUGACAGAGGAGACACACACUACUGUGACUGUGACGGAGAAACAUAAAUUGAAUGUUCCAGAAACAAUGAAUGAGGUUCUGGACAUGUCUGAUGAUGAAGUUCGUAGAGCCAAUGUGCCUGAAAUGCUCAAUGAGGACUAUAUUUCAGAUGUUGAUGAAGGUGAAGAUGCGAUGACAGGAGACACGGACAAGUACCUGGGACCGCAAGACCUGCGAGAGCUCGGAGACGACUCUCUCCCUCAGGAAGGAUACGUGGGAUUCAGCGUCGGAGCCCGGACGGCCAGUCUGCGCUCCUUCAGUUCGGAUAGGUCCAACACACUCAACCGGAGCUCCUUCACCCGUGAUAGCAUGAUGAUUGAAGAGAUCCUGGCGCCGAGCAAGGAUACGCACCUGGCCUUAGCAAAAGAUUACAACGCAGACUCAAUGAGACGCUAUAGCUGGACUCCAGACACUCUGGACAACGUGAACCUGGUCUCCAGCCCAGUCCAUUCAGGGUUCCUGGUGAGUUUCAUGGUGGACGCUCGGGGCGGGUCAAUGAGAGGAAGUCGUCAUGAUGGGAUGCGUAUCAUCAUUCCACCCAGGAAGUGUCCAGCACCGACGCGAAUCACUUGCCGCCUAGCAAAGAGACACCGCCUAGCAUACCCUCCACCUAUGGUGGAGGGAGAGGGUCUUGUGAGCAGGCUGGUGGAGAUGGGACCAGCCGGGGCACAGUUUUUAGGGCCUGUGAUAGUUGAAAUUCCUCAUUUCGGCUCUAUGCGUGGAAAGGAGAGGGAGCUGAUCGUCCUACGCAGUGAUAAUGGAGAGACCUGGAAAGAACAUCAUUAUGACUGUAAAGUGAUGGAGCUCACCUCAAUCCUCAAUGGCAUGGAUGAGGAGAUGGACAGUCUAGCAGAGCUGGAGAAAAAACGCAUCUGCCGCAUCAUCACAAAAGAUUUCCCACAGUACUUUGCGGUGGUGUCACGCAUCAAACAAGAAAGUGAUUACAUGGGACCAGAGGGUGGAGUCCUGAACAGUGAGGCAGUUCCCAUGGUGAAGGCUGCCUUUCCCCAGGGAGCGCUCACGAAGAAGAUUCGAGUUGGACUACAGGCUCAGCCUGUGCCAGAAGACAUUGUGCGGACUAUCACUGGCAACCGUGCAUCCUUUAGCCCGAUUGUAACCGUGGAGCCCAGAAGGAGGAAAUUCCACAAGCCUAUUACAAUGACAAUCCCUGUGCCGCCCAGAGCCAAAGAGGCUGUUGCUAAUGGACGCAAAGGAGAGCCUGCCCCCUGCCUUAGACUACUCUGUAGCAUUACAGGUGGAACAUCCCCUGCACAGUGGGAAGACAUCACUGGGACCACUCCGCUCUCCUUUGUCACAGACUGUGUUUCCUUCACCACAAAUGUGUCUGCCAGAUUUUGGUUGGCAGACUGUCAGCAGAUCAGCGAGACUGUGGGUUUAGCAUCUCAGCUGUACAGAGAGCUGAUCUGUGUUCCGUACCUGGCCAAGUUUGUGGUGUUUGCUAAAAUGAUCGACCCCAUAGAGACCCGCUUGCGUUGCUUCUGCAUGACUGAUGACAAAGUCGACAAAACUCUGGAGCAGCAGGAGAACUUUGAGGAGGUGGCAAGGAGCAAAGACAUUGAGGUAUAUAUNGGUAAGCCCAUUCAUGUAGAAUGCUACGGCAACAUUACUCCUCUGGCAAAGAGUGGUCAGCAGCUCAUCUUCAACUUCUAUGCCUUCAAAGAGAACCGACUCCCAUUCAAUGUCAAGGUCAGAGAUAUGGGCCAGGAGCCGUGUGGGAGAAUCUCAUUCCUCAGAGAACCUAAAAUCGCAAAAGGCCUGCCACAGAGUGCAAUUUGCAACCUUAACUUUUCACUGCCAACACACAGGAAGGAAAUGGAGUCGGAUCCUGAUGAUGAGAAUGACAAAGAUCGACGACAUACCUUUGCUUCAUUAGCAUUGCGAAAGCGAUACAGCUAUCUGGCCGAUCCAGCAUCCAAAACAGCUGAAAGAGGCCAUAACACCACUCCAAAAACCACGGCGCAGCCUUCUGGCUACGCUUACAAGCCUGUCUUUACGACGCGCUCCUACCAGGCCUGGGCGACAAGCUCUCCCGUCAACGUUCCCAGCCAGGCGAAGUCUGGAUUUGGCUCCCUCUCCAGCUCCUCAUCGAACACCCCCUCAGCCUCCCCACUGAGAUCGGUGUGGUCUGUGAACUCUGCUUCUCCUAUCAAAUCCAUUAUUGGAGGUUCACCAGCAUCUUCCAUCAAAUCAGCCAGUGAUGUUGCAUCACCUAUUCGAUCUUACAGAACAAUCUCCUCACCAAUAAAAACUGUUGUUCAAGGUGCCCAGUAUCCAGUCCAAGCCUCCCCCACCCUUCUGUCUUCUCCAGGCAAGAGUGCCCCUGAUCCAGUUUCACUUAAAGGCCUCACAGGGCUCUCAGCCAGGACAUCUCCUGUACCAUCUGGUGGAACCUUGCUGGAAAGAUCCUCCAUUGCUAUGACUCCUCCAGCCUCACCUAAGUCUUCUCUAAACAUGUACAGCUCAAGUUUACCAUAUAAGUCUGUCGUAACCUCAAACCCUCCAGCAACCUGCUCCCCCAUUAAAACUGUCCCGGGAUUCUCCUCUAUCAGAACUAGCAAUGAUGCCUCUGCCAGAGGAUUUCUGUCAUCGCUCUCCUCACCAUUGAAAUCUGGCUCAGCCACUACAGCCGCUGCCCUGAUCAAUGGGACAGUCUCCCCAACCAAAUAUCGCUCCUCCUCCCCAACAACCCAUCUUACCAGCACUCUGCAGGAAAGAAUUCAAGCCACAACAAAUGCAGCAACAACAAGUGUAAACGCUGCAUUUGAUGAAGUGGAAAAAACCUUUAAUUCUUGCUCUGCUGGCUAUGGCACACUAAAGUCAGUGUCCUCCACUCCCUCAUCCUCUUACCAGUCUAUCCGUUCCUCUGCAUCAAGCUCACUGUAUGCCUCCCUAAGAUCCCCUCCAAAUUCUACCACAUCUGUAACUUCCAGUACUAUUACAGUUCCUGUCUAUUCUGUCAUAAAUGUCUUACCAGAACACCAGUUUAAAAAGCUCCCUGAAGUCUCCAUGUCAACAGCUGCUCUCCUGUCUCCCAGAAAGGCCAUGCCCCAAGAAGUUAACGCCCAGUCUCAGUCGUCUUUUGCCAGAACUUUGUCUCCCGUCAAAACUCCAAUGCACAUGUCCCCAGGAACAGUAAAAGCUACUACCUCUUCAUCCCCUCUGUCCAACAGCCAGGAGAUACUAAAAGAUGUGGCUGAAAUGAAAGAGGACUUGAUCAGAAUGUCUGCAAUUUUGCAAACUGAUACAAAUUCAAGCUCUAAAGGUUAUCAUUCUGACUCUAAGGAACAUAAAGUUGAAGAUGAGGAGCCUUUCAAGAUUGUAGAGAAGGUCAAACAGGACCUUGUCAAAGUCAGUGAAAUUCUUAGCAAGGAUGUUUUAAGGGAGAGUAAGGCAAAUAUUAAAAACAGCAAAACAGAAGAUGUUUUAGAGGAUGACAUAGAUGAUAAUCCACAAAAUGAAUGGAGAUGCCCACCUCGAUAUGAAACAUUAGCUCCUCAAGUCAAAACAAAACCAGUAUCUGAGAGAGAUUUUAACCUUGCUAAAGUUGUUGAUUAUCUUACCAACGACAUUGGCACAAGUUCUCUUUCUAAAAUAGCAGAGGCUAAACAAAGAACUGAGGAAGCAAGGAGAGAAGGAGAGGAGAAACAAAAACGUGUCCUGAAACCUGCAAUUGCAUUACAGGAGCACAAGCUCAAAAUGCCUCCAACCAAUAUGCGCCCUUCACCUUCAGAAAAAGAACUAUCAAAGCUUGCUGAUGCAUUGUUUGGCCCUGAAAUAGCACUAGACUCUCCUGAUGAUGUUUCCCAUGACCAAGACAAAAGUCCACUAUCAGACAGUGGGUUUGAAACUCGCAGUGAGAGAACUCCCUCUGCACCCCAAAGUGCAGAAGGUAUGGGGCCCAAAGGCCUCUUUCAGGAGAUUCCUCCUGUCAUCACUGAAACACGGACUGAGGUUGUUCAUGUCAUAAGGAGCUAUGAGCCUCCAGAGGAUCCUAAAGAGCCAGCAUUAGAAGAUUCUAGAAUGACAAAGCCUCAACUGCGAUGUGUAGACACAGAGCCUCGAUCACCUGGUGGGUCCAUCAAAGAAAGAGUUAAAGCUUACCAAGCCAGAGUCAAUGCAGAGGAUGAUGUGAUGAGCAAAGGUAUGCGGGUCAAAGAGGAAACUCACAUAACAACAACUACAAGAAUGGUAUACCACAAACCCCCCAUUAAAGAAGUUGCAUCUGAAAGGAUGGAGGAGACCAUGUCUGUACGAGACAUAAUGAAGGCCUUCCAAUCUGGGAAGGAUCCAUCUAGAGAGUUAACAGGCCUGUUUGAGCACAAAAGCAGCAGUGAAGGUUCAGAUCCAUCUGUUAGGCCUCUGGACCCAAUGCCCAAAGUCGAGCGGAUCAUUGAGGUUCACAUCGAGAAAGGCAACAAAGCUGAACCAACUGAAGUAAUUAUCAGAGAAACAAAAAAUCACCCUGAGAAGGAAAUGUACAUAUAUCAGGGCAAAAGUGGCAUGAAAGAAUUGCAAAAUAGGAUGGGCAGUGAGCAGCAUGACAGAACAGAACCUGAAGAAUCUCUUCCUUGUUAUCUGGACUCCAGAAUACACAUGCCUGCCUCUGUGGAGGAUGAUAAAACCUUAAAAUUGCUUAGUCAGCAGUCAGUGGAGUACAAUGAUGAUGAAUCAUCUGAAACAAGGGGAGAAUCAUACAAAUUUGCUGAGAAAAUGCUUCUGUCAGAUAAAUUUGACUCUUCCCAUUCAGACUCAGAUGAAUCUGUGAUUGACAGGUCUCGAUACUAUGGUGAGGCAACACAAAGUGGCUCAAUUAGAGAAUUCAUGCUAAAGCCUGAUAGGUCAGGUAGAUCAUCAGAAGAUGACAAUUAUGACAAACUCACUUUGCUGCAAUAUGCUUCUGAUCCUGAUAGUCCAAAAAAAUCUAUUUGGAUGAGAGUUUCUGAGGACGGGCAGAGUAAAAAUAGAGAGAAUCACAAAUAUGAAGACAGAGUAGACAGAACUGUCAAAGAGGCUGAGGAAAAGCUUAGCGAAGUUUCACAAUUCUUUCGUGAUAAAACUGAGAAACUGAAUGAUGAGCUUCAGUCCCCUGAAAAGAAACAUCGUAGACAAGAUGCAAGGGAGACUCGCUCUGGGCCCAGCUCAACACGUAGUAGUCCAGAGAGGUCAGUGCAUAGGACUGGAGAGGACUGGAGUAGAGACAGGUUUAGGGACAAGUAUGAUUCCCAUGACAGAAAAUGUGCCAGUCUACCAAGCAGUCCUGAAAGACGAGUCUUGCUUCGAUACAGUGAUGACCCAAAAAAGGGAGACAGCUCAUCUGCAAGCAGUGCAAGUGAAUCGUCUAAAUAUUUCCAGCCUUCAACAUCUAAGGUUAGCUCAGUAAGGAUGAAAUUUGAAUCAGAGGCCCAGAAACAAGAUAAAGGCCCACAAUGGGGACAAACUUCAGGAUCCCCAGUGCGGAAGCUGCAGGAAAGUAAGCUGCCUGUUUAUCAAGUUUUUUCAGGGGGGAAUCUCCCAAAGUCAGCAGAGUCUUCAGAAAGUGAGAGAAGCCCUAAAAAAGAUAGCGAGGUUGGGCAAAGUUACAAUGUACGAAAGGCUCAAGCAUAUGCCCAAAAUCAGCACAGUGAAAGACAGAGAAGUAGGUCAGAUAACUCUUCACCAAAACAUUACCAAAAUGUUUACAGUAAGGAGCAAAUUGCCAAUGAAGAUAGGAAAAUAUACAAAACAUGGGAAAACCAUGGCAAUGGGCAACUGAAAGGCCAAAAGACAAAGCUCACUCAUACUCUAGUGCAUGAUAGGAAAAAGGAUGACUCACAAAAUGAACAGCACUCAUUAAAAGAUGGAAACACUACAAAAGAAGAAACAACUAAAAAGAUAAUUUACACAGAGCUUGUAAUUCGAGAAGACCCUAGUAAUGCUGAAAAAUGCAAUGGUGCUCUAAAAAAAAACUCGGAAUCACAAAUUCCUCUUAGGGUUUCAUCUAGUUUUAUAGACCACCAUCAAAGUAGUACUUUAAAGUUAGAUUCCUCCAUUAAAUCUGAAAGAACGGGGUCUCACAUAGCCAGAAAAACACAGCACACUAAUUCUGGGGCUAGCAAAUCACCUAGUGAUGUGUCAUCUGUGGUGAGCUCAGAUUCUAGCAGGCAGAUUGUUAAUAUAGUCUGUAAUGGUGUGGAUGAUAACCAAGUUGAGUAUAUUGAAAAAGUUCCCCCGGGUGUCACUGCGGACAUCAAACCUCUUCCUGUGUAUGUCAGCAUUCAAGUAGGUAAACAGUAUGAGAAGGAAACUGCCACUGGCCAGUUAAGCACUUACAAAAAAGUUGUAAGCCAUGAGAGCAGGACAGUACAUGAAACCAGAGGAGCAUUUUAUUCUGUCAAACAGAAACAGCCAUCAUCUCCACAGGGAAGCCCUGAAGAUGACACGUUAGAGCAGGUUACAUUUAUGGACAGCUCAGGGAAGAGUCCGGUAACUCCUGAGACGCCUACCUCUGAGGAGGUCAGCUAUGACCUGAACUCCAGAGCUCCUGAGCCAAUCAUCGGUUCCAUGGCUGGCAUGCCUAGCCCGAUCCCAGAGGAGUCAGAAGAAGAAGAGCAGCCAAAGACCUUCAUUUACAGAGAAGUAUCAGCAGAGAAAGCCAAGUCUGCCAAUCAAACAACAGAGCCUUCAAAAAGAAAACAAGACUCGAAUGGAAAAAGGUCAAAAGACAAGCGCAUAGCUUACAUUGAGUUCCCACCACCACCACCUUUAGAAACUGAGCAUUCUGGCCCUGAAAAGAGGGGGUCAUGUCCUUCCUCAGAAGCAGAAACAGAGAUGAUGGAGGUGAACCUUCAAGAGGAACAUGACAGACAUCUCCUUGCAGAGCCAGUAAUCAGAGUCCAGCCUCCUUCCCCUCUUCCACCUGGAGCUGACAACAGUGACUCUAGUGAUGAUGAAUCUGUUUUUCAGCCUGCCCCACUUAAGAAAUACACCUUCAAAAUGGCAGAGGAGUGUGAGAAACGUGUUAAGCCUAGAAAACCAGAGAGAAACAGCUCACACCACAAAGAGUCUGGUAUCAAUGGUAUUGUCAAGGGAGAAGAGGUAGAAUGUGAACAGAAUGGAAAUGAUCAGUCUAUCACUGAUUGCUCAAUAGCAACAACUGCUGAAUUUUCCCAUGAUACAGAUGCCACUGAGAUAGAUUCUCUUGAUGGGUAUGACCUACAAGAUGAGGACGAUGGACUGAGUGACCCUAAAACAUCCAGCCUGUCGAAUGAGGGAAAAGCAGGAGAUCGGUCUUUCAGCCAGAGCAAACUUGAAGUGAUUGAAGAGGAGAGCACACCAAAUGAGGAAGCUGGGGAAAAGGCAAAAACUAAAAGGUCGUCUGGGAAGAAAUCAGACAAUGGGAAAGAGGAUAAAAUCUAUUCUUUGGAGGGAAGACACCCAGACAGGCAAGGUUUUGCAGACAAUUAUUUCAAGUAUCAACUCGAGGAGGACAUAAACACUACCUUUAAAACUGUGGCUACUAAAGGUUUGGAUUUUGAUCCAUGGUCUGGUAAAGAAGAGGAGGGAGCUUUUGAUGCUAAGAACAAAGAUGAAGAUCCGAAGCCCUGUGCUUUGUCAGUGGAAGACAAAUCUCAAGCUACCACGCCGGAUACCACUCCAGCAAGAACCCCAACAGAUGAGAGCACCCCAACUAGUGAGCCCAACCCUUUCCCCUUCCACGAGGGCAAGAUGUUUGAGAUGACCCGCAGUGGUGCUAUUGACAUGAGCAAGAGGGACUUUGUUGAAGAGAGACUCCAGUUUUUCCAGAUUGGUGAGCAUACAUCAGAUGGGCAGUCAGGGGACAAGGGGAAAGGGGACAGGAAUGCGGGGGUAGUUGCCUCUCACUCAAAGGCAGGGGAAAGAGCUGUAGAGGGGAAGGUAGAGGCCACCACAGAUUUAACACCAUCCAGAGGCAGCACAGUGCAAGGCAGUGCUGACUGCCUGGACGCACCUCCAUUCGCUGACACCACCUCAUGCACUGUCACAGCCUCCAAGGUCGACCCCAAAUUACGCACCCCCAUUAAGAUGGGCAUCGCAGCUUCCAUUACUAUAAAGAAAGACACUGGCUCAGCUGAACUGACUGAUGUUAAAACUGAGUCCUCAGACAGUCAGAUGCCGGAAUACAUUAGCUUGGAGUCUCAAUUAGCUGAAAGUCACUUUGAUAGCAGGCGCACUAACUCUUCCCCGACUGGCAGAAAAGAUUACCCAUCAGAAAACUACAAUAACAACAAUAACUUAGAGUCCUCCAAUGUGCAGGCCAACUACAUCCAGUGUGGUAGUGUAGUGUUCAAUUUGCAGUCAUCAUCUGAACCCACCUUACAGAAAGCUAGUAGAAUAGAAGCUCAGUUCUGUAGGGAGUCGUUGGAGAAAGCCAGUGCUGAGAGUUCUCAGGCUAAAGUAGUCUUGGAAAACAGGCAGCCCAAAUCUAGGCUCCCAGUCAAGGCAGCAGGUUUCAGUUUUAACACACUCAGUUCAGGGAAGCAGAAACCUAAACAGGUUGUGAGGCCAGAGGCAAGGAAAGUGGAUCCUGCAUCCAUAAUGCCUGAGCCCAAGUCUAGAAUACCUGUCAAGGACAUCAAAAGAAAUGGUCCAGCUAACUCAGCUGUCACAGCUCAGGUAGUUCCGAGGUCAAGUAAGCUCCCAGAAGCAGAGAGAUCAGUCAGACCAGUGGUUCCCUCUAGGCUGCCUUUCAAAGACAGGUCAUGUGGUGCUUCCGAGGCAGGUAGAGGCAACUUUAGUGAGGUGUGCAGGCAGUCAAUUGAGUUCUUAAAAAAUGUUAGCGGAGAAGCAAUAAAGGUGGCUGAACGACUUUCAGACGAGGAGAAACAGGCACAGGGAGAGCAGUCGCAAUCGGAGGAGGACAGCAGCACAUCACGAAGCACCUCACUAUCGGACCCCUCUCAGUCCCAGCCCUCCCUCUCCGCUGGCUCCUCCCGAGGGGUCACACCCUCCAGGACAAAGGUCACAAGGGCGGCGGGCAGUGAGAGGAGGAGGAGUAAGCGGACUGGAGGAGGGAAGGAGGGCAGUAAGAACGAAGGGGCUCGCAGGUCGCCCCCCGUCGCGGAGAUCAAGCCUAGUCCACAGAGCCCCUGUGAGAGAACAGACCUUCGAAUGGCCAUCGUUGCUGAUCACCUGGGACUGAGCUGGACAGAGCUGGCUCGAGAGAUGAAUUUUUCUGUGGAUGAGAUAAACCACAUUCGUACAGAGAACCCAAACUCUCUCACAGCCCAGAGCUUUAUGCUCCUUAAGAAGUGGGUCAGUCGGGAUGGGAAAAACGCCACAACGGAUGCACUGACGGCUGUCCUGACUAAAGUGAACCGGAUGGAUAUUGUGACUCUGCUGGAAGGGCCCAUAUUUGACUAUGGUAACAUUUCAGGCACCAGAAGUUUUGCAGAUGAUAGCGCUGUGUGCCAGGAAAAGGCGGAUGGCUGGCUCACAGAGACAUCAAACACAGAGCCGCCCGCUUCAGGGCGGGGUCAUGGGUCAGACUACAUGGACCGACAAGACAACAGUCAGGAGAACUCCAGUGACUCCAUGACAUCAUCAUCCCGAGCGGAUUCAGGAAAACCUCGGCAAAAUGGCGAGCAGUCUGAUACUAUGCCCCGCUGCUCAGCGUCUCAGGAAUCAGCCAAUGGUGUGAAGGCAGGGGCGGGCAAGCAAGAAGGUGCUCUGAUCGCUGAGCACAAAGUCCAGCAGCGAUUAUCAUCAGAGACCGGCCUGGAUGAAGAGCGUACCGUCACCACCAAAGUGUUUCGUAGACGCCUCAUUCUCAAGGGAGAGGAGGCACGCAACAUUCCUGGCGAGUCAGUUUCAGAGGAACAGUUUAUUGAUGAAGAUGGAAACAUCAUCACCAGAAAAGUCAUUCGAAAGGUGAUUUGCCGUGUGGACACUCCCACUCCUGAAAGCCAGGGCUUGGGUAGUGGCAUGGGGUCACAGGGAGACCUUGCCACCCUGGGGAGGAGCCACGUCCCCCUGAUCCCUGAUAUCCAAAGCCAUCUUGCUACACAUGCUGAGGGAGAAGUUUCCAAGGUGAGGAAGAAGGAAGAAAAGCGUUCAGAAAGAAAACAUUAUUCAUAAAUGUGGCUUCACGACCAUAGACAGGUAUAUUUUUGAUCUGUUUCCUGAGCGGCGAUGCCACAAGAGCUGAAAUGAGACAUUUUGGC